GUUGACAUACUCAGUCAAUAUGGACAGCAUCAAAUGCUUCUUCGUGUUGAGUGCGUUCCUGAUGCCACAUGCGCUGGCAGCAUCGUCGACCAACAGGACCGUCAUCUUCAUCUUCUACGAGACGUUGCCGGAACAAAGCCUCUUCAUCAGGGGAGGACUUGAUACAAACCUGCACUCCGGUUGUGACACUGAUGAGGUGACGGGCGACGCCUGCGCUAUCCCGAUGCGCACUCGACUUCUGGGUACCAUUGACCACUACGACGGCUACAACGCAUGGCGCGCUGGUGACAACUUCCUGGACUGGCACGGCGCCGAAGCUGGACAGGGAAGCUUUUACGGGGCUCCCGCUGAAGGAACGCCUCUCGUUUGGACGACCAGCAACAUACUUAGCCCAGCCUACCAAGAACUUAACACUUUUGGAGAUCAUUACUGGAUGGUUGACAUGGAAAUGGACUGUCCUUUUGUGGAGGCGGACGGUUGGUUUGACGUUAAAGGCUACACCGCCCCCGCCAGCUUUGGAUGGGAACCUGAUGUAACCCAGACGGCUUGUGAUGGCACUAUUGGAGGCGUCUCGCCACAUGCCUCAGUGAACCACAUGGCUCGCUGUGGCGCUGUGAACAUCUUCGAGCACGGCGGCUCUGCCUGCACCAUCAACGCCUUCGAGGACUGAAGCACUGCCGAGGAAACGUUAUGCAUUUCUACCACUAGAGUCAUUCAGUGAUGGCACUAUCGUAUUAUAUGGAAUAAAUAUUCAUUAUUAUUGAAAAUUUUUGGACUAUUAAGAUUUGGCGUUUUUUUUUUGGUGAUCAUGGAAUUUUGGACUAUUAAGAAUUAGUCAACCAUUGCGGUAUCAUUGGUGAUCAUAGGAAGAAACAACUCGUCGACGGUGUACUGGCACGCAGUCACGAGUAUAGCAAAUGAGUUCUCAUUUAUGGAGACAAAUAAAGCUUACGAAAUUCCAGCAGGUAGAAAAAAAUACAUUUUACUCCUACACGAG